CAAUUUUGCCUCCAUCUUUGAGAAAAACUGCAUCAUCUUUGAAAGGUCUUGUACAGCUGUCCCCACUGCUCUGCUCCCUGAGGUGAAGGCUCUCCUCACCAUCUGCACUUGAUGACCCAAUGUGAUGAAAAUGAAGCAUGCAUCACCAUUUUGAGGAGGAAGGAAUCUAUGGCUCAUGAGAGACUGGAAGAUUCUAAAUUGGAAGCAGUCAGUGACAACAACCUGGAGCUAGUGAAUGAAAUUCUAGAAGAUAUCAGUCCUUUGGCAGAUGUGGAUGAAAGUGUCGCAGAAUUGGUCGGAAUUCUCAAAGAGCCUCAUUUUCAGUCCCUCCUAGAGGCCCAUGACAUUGUGGCAUCAAAAUGUUAUGAUUCCCCUCCUUCCAGCCCAGAAAUGAAUAAUUCUUCAGUGAACAACCAGAUAGUUCCAGUGGAUGCCAUUCGCAUUCUUGGUAUUCACAAAAGAGCGGGAGAGCCAUUGGGUGUUACGUUUAGGGUUGAAAAUAACGAUCUGGUAAUUGCCCGAAUUCUUCAUGGAGGAAUGAUAGAUCGACAAGGUCUUCUUCAUGUGGGAGAUAUCAUUAAGGAAGUCAAUGGCCAUGAAGUUGGAAACAAUCCAAAGGAAUUACAGGAACUACUGAAAAGUAUCAGUGGCAGCGUCACACUGAAAAUUCUCCCAAGCUAUAGAGAUACCAUUAUCCCUCAGCAGAGUUGCAUCAGUAUGGAGACGCCUCCAGCACAAGUUUAUCAGGUAUUUGUGAAGUGUCAUUUCGAUUAUAAUCCGUACAAUGAUAACCUGAUACCCUGCAAAGAGGCAGGAUUGACCUUUUCUAAAGGGGAAAUUCUUCAGAUUGUAAACCGGGAAGACUCCAAUUGGUGGCAGGCUAGCCAUGUGAAAGAGGGAGGAAGCGCUGGUCUCAUUCCAAGCCAGUUCCUGGAAGAGAAGAGAAAGGCAUUUGUCAGAAGAGACUGGGACAAUUCAGGACCCUUCUGUGGGACUAUAAGCAGCAAAAAAAAGAAAAAGAUGAUGUACCUCACAACCCGAAAUGCAGAAUUUGACCGCCAUGAAAUCCAGAUAUAUGAGGAGGUGGCCAAAAUGCCUCCCUUUCAGCGAAAGACAUUAGUUUUGAUAGGGGCCCAGGGUGUGGGUCGAAGAAGCUUGAAAAACAGAUUCAUAGUAUUGAAUCCCACUAGGUUUGGAACUACAGUGCCAUUUACUUCACGGAAACCAAGGGAAGAUGAGAAAGAUGGCCAGGCAUAUAAAUUUGUGUCCCGAGCUGAAAUGGAGACAGAUGUAAAAGCCGGCAGGUACCUAGAACAUGGGGAGUAUGAAGGAAACCUGUAUGGCACUAAGAUAGACUCCAUUCUUGAAGUGGUUCAGACGGGAAGAACCUGCAUUCUUGAUGUAAACCCACAGGCUCUAAAAGUAUUGAGAACAUCAGAGUUUAUGCCAUACGUGGUAUUUAUUGCUGCUCCGGAAUUGGAGACAUUGCGUGCCAUGCACAAGGCAGUGGUUGAUGCUGGAAUAACCACCAAGCUUCUAACGGACACUGAUUUGAAGAAAACAGUUGACGAAAGUGCACGGAUCCAAAGAGCAUACAACCACUAUUUUGAUUUGAUCAUCAUCAAUGACAAUCUAGACAAGGCCUUUGAGAAGCUACAGACUGCCAUCGAGAAACUGAGACUGGAACCACAGUGGGUCCCAAUCAGUUGGGUUUACUGAAAGAUAACCAAGAUAUGGUCCGUAAUCCACAAAACUUGUUCAUAGCUGCGAGGAAAAAAAAACAAAAAAAACUUUCUAUUGGGAAGAAUUGGGCAGAGAUGGAAAAUACCUGCUGCACCCAGGCAUUUUCACUCUGUUGAGUCCAAUAAUAGUACACGUCUGAAUUUUUAUAUAAAAUGUGGAAGGGAAAGUGUACUUAAAUAUGUAAUUUAUUUUAAUUUUUCUAACUUUUUACAGAUAACCUUUCUAUUCAUGUCACAUAAGGAAAUGCGUUGAAGCAUUUUCUGUGUUUUGAUUUAAUAACUUUGUCUCUUUUCAUCAAAGAAAUUCUUAAAUCCUUCACUUGAGAAGUUACAUUGGCGUCUUACAUUUUCACUGUGAUAAUGGAUACUUGAAAAAAUUUUGUACAACUGUCAUUCGGUUCAGUGUUCAACUAUUGAAUUAUCAGUAAUUUUUAUCAGAAGAAACACUAAUUCCCGACUCGUCACCUUAAUUUAAUUUCUUACGGGGGCAGAAUUCUCAUAUUUGAUGUCAAGGCCAGCAUGCCACCUUUGUAUCACAUCACCGACUUACUGUUUGCUGAAUUUGGGGAGGGCGAUCUCCGUGAUUUUUAUAUGGCUGUUGAUUCUAAUUUACACAGAUAUACACUGUAGGCCUCCCACUCCCAAAAAUUUAUUUAUUUUUUGAGGAAAGCUACAAAAAAGUGCUAAGCAAUACCUUGCCCUCUUAAGAGGUGGUUUUAUUGGGAACCAACCUUUUUUGUUUCUUACAGUGAGGUUCUUUUGCUGCUGGGGUUGCCACGGGGGAUGGAGAAUGUCUUAGAAUGUCAGGUCUCUCCGAGAAACGAGACUCAGAGCAGGGUUAUUCAUUUUCAUGUGUAAAAAAUUGAUCUUAAAGAAACAUUUCUUUAUAAAGCUUUUUACUACGAUACGCUCACCCUAUGUAUUUUGCAUCCAUGUCUUCAGUUCCUGUGAAAAAUUAAAGGUGGCUCAUCUUUUCCAUUUGGGAAUAUUUGUGAAUGAUCAAAGUGUGGUAAGAAAUGUGAAAUGUUGGGAUAGUUGUGCUAUUCGUUGUGCUGAGAUCCAUAAUGGCUUGUGAAAUUUAAAAGUUGUAAAUUGCUAUAUAUAAAUAGAUGCUAUUUAUACA